GCAAUUGCUUUAAACUCUUCUUGCUGGAUCAGAGGCUUUAAAAUCUUUUUUCAUCUUCGAGCUGUAGCUCGGGCUGCUCUUCGGCUCGGCCUCCCCCCUUUUGCUCUCUGCCUCGCCUUUCCCCAGGACUUCGCUAUUUCGCUUUAAAAAAAAAAAGGCAAGAAAGAACUAAACUCCCCCCUCCCUUUCCUCCAGCCGGGCUGCACCUCUGUCUUGCACUUUGCACGGAGAGCGCGCGCGAGGGAGAGAGAGAGGAAAGAAAAUAAUAAUAACAAUAAUAAUAAGAGCAGGCAGAAGAGAAGGCGAGAAGCAUGAAGUGUUAACUCCCCCGUGCCAAGGCCCGCGCCGCCGGACAGCCGCCCGCCGCGCCUCCAGCCCCGAGCGGCCGCCGCGCGCGCCCCGCCUGCAGCCCGGGCCGGCGAGGCGAGCCCUCCUUAUGCAAAGCGCGCAGCGGAGCGGCGAGCGGGGGACGCCGCGCACCCGGCCGGGCUCCUCCGGCUUCGCCGCCGCCGCCACCGCAGCCCGCGGAGGACCUUCCCGAGCCUGAAGCAGCCGGCUCGGCACGCACGGAGGCGAGCAGGCGAGGAGGGGCCGGGGCGAGCGAGCGAGCACAUUGGCGUGAGCAGGGGGGAGGGAGGGCGGGCGCGGGGGGCGCGGGCAGGGCGGGGGGUGUGUGCGCGCUCGGAGGUUUCGGGCCAGCCACCGCCGCGCGAGCUAGAAGCGCCCCAGCCCGGCAAGCUGGCUCACCCGCUGGCCACCCAGCACAGCCCGCUGGCCCCUCUCCUGCAGCCCAUCUGGCGGAGCGGCGGCGGCGGCGGCGGCGGCGGCGGCAGGAGAAUGGCAUCAGAACUGGCAAUGAGCAACUCCGACCUGCCCACCAGUCCCCUGGCCAUGGAAUAUGUUAAUGACUUCGAUCUGAUGAAGUUUGAAGUGAAAAAGGAACCGGUGGAGACCGACCGCAUCAUCAGCCAGUGCGGCCGUCUCAUCGCCGGGGGCUCGCUGUCCUCCACCCCCAUGAGCACGCCGUGCAGCUCGGUGCCCCCUUCCCCCAGCUUCUCGGCGCCCAGCCCGGGCUCGGGCAGCGAGCAGAAGGCGCACCUGGAAGACUACUACUGGAUGACCGGCUACCCGCAGCAGCUGAACCCGGAGGCGCUGGGCUUCAGCCCCGAGGACGCGGUCGAGGCGCUCAUCAGCAACAGCCACCAGCUCCAGGGCGGCUUCGAUGGCUACGCGCGCGGGGCGCAGCAGCUGGCCUCGGCAGCCGGGGCCGGCGCCGGCGCCUCCCUGGGCGGCAGCGGCGAGGAGAUGGGCCCCGCCGCCGCCGUGGUGUCCGCCGUGAUCGCCGCGGCCGCCGCGCAGAGCGGCGCGGGCCCGCACUACCACCACCACCACCACCACCACGCCGCCGGCCACCACCACCACCCGACGGCCGGCGCGCCCGGCGCCGCGGGCAGCGCGUCAGCAUCGGCCGGUGGCGCGGGCGGCGCGGGCGGCGGUGGCCCGGCCAGCGCCGGGGGCGGCGGCGGCGGCGGAGGCGGCGGAGGCGGCGGGGGCGCGGCGGGGGCGGGGGGCGCCCUGCACCCGCACCACGCCGCGGGCGGCCUGCACUUCGACGACCGCUUCUCCGACGAGCAGCUGGUGACCAUGUCGGUGCGCGAGCUGAACCGGCAGCUGCGCGGGGUCAGCAAGGAGGAGGUGAUCCGGCUGAAGCAGAAGAGGCGGACCCUGAAAAACCGUGGCUAUGCCCAGUCCUGCCGCUUCAAGAGGGUGCAGCAGAGACACGUCCUGGAGUCCGAGAAGAACCAGCUGCUGCAGCAGGUCGACCACCUCAAGCAGGAGAUCUCCAGGCUGGUGCGCGAGAGGGACGCGUACAAGGAGAAAUACGAGAAGUUGGUGAGCAGCGGCUUCCGAGAAAACGGCUCCAGCAGCGACAACCCGUCCUCUCCCGAGUUUUUCAUGUACCCAAGGGAAUCCUCUGCCUCAGUGAUGUGAAAAACCCUGUUGCCUGAAGUCAAAGAGAGAAACUGAGGAGGGGGGCAAAAGUCACACCGUCAACUGCUUGCUCCUCUUUGCAAAGAAGACCCUUCAAGGAUCCAGUGAAUCUGAGUGUUGGGAACCAGAACCCCAUUUUCCCCCAUUAUUCAAAAAUAGUAUCUGAUGACUUACACACUGCUUGAAUAACUAGACUGUGCAUAUUUAACUAUGGUUUCUUUCCUAGCCUUAUACAAAAUUAACAUUUUCUUGAAUAGUCUUGUACAUAGAUUUUUAACUCGAUACUAUACCUUUGGGAUUAAUUUGAGUGUCUGCGUGUGUGCAUGCUGUACCAUUGCUUUAUUCCUCUUGUUUUUAUUCCUUUCUUUUGUCUCUAUCUUUAUAAUUGGAAUUUGAGAAUCAUCUAUUACCUAUGAUGAUCUAGGCCCACUGGCAGGUUUUGUUACACGGAAACCAUCCAUUUUGAGCAAAGAGUUAAUGAACUUUUAAGGUGAGGUUCACACUGGUCCUGACCCUCCUGGUAAUUUUUCAUAUAAGGUUACUGGUGGGAGAGAAAUCAAAUUUCUCCUGUGAACUUGAUUGACAGGUGAGAGCAAGCAAGAGAAAGGCAUUCGGUCAGAUGGGGAAUCUGCGGGGAGGUGGACAAUUCCUCUGAGUUACUCCGUGAUAUUAGAUAUUAUAAGCGGAUAUAUGAAAAGUUCAAUACUUGAUACUCUUGGGAGAGUUACUUAGUGUAUAUUCAGAAAGUCACUUUGGCUAAGGGAUUUUAGUAGUGAAAGCCCCAAAUGGAGACCUGCUAGCCUUCUUCUCUCUUGCUAAUUUCCACUACGUACAGCUUCGUGGCUUAUUUCUGGCAAUUUUCUAGAGUAUGAAAAUUAAACAGCAAACCAUUUGGGGAGCUGUAUAAUUACCUUUCAUUUAUUCUCAGAAACACAGUCUAGAUUAUAUUAUGGUUUUUCGGCAUGUUGCAAAAUAUCCCUCCUAAGUGGCAUCAUAAAAAAGAUUAAGUUCUCCUUUUCUGUAGCAUCCCUUGAUCCUCACUAACAUUUUCCAUCAGCGCAUGUUACAGCCUAACAUACACAAAUCUACCCAGAUGCAUGACUUAUCAAGGUUGUGCCUUCUAAGGAAGGUCUUCUCACAUGAACCUCUGUGGAGGCAACCGCAAAAUUUUCCACGGUAGCAUCCUGGUUGCUGUGAUGUUAACAUCUUCGCCAUGGAAACAAGUGAUGAUGUUGCUUGACCCUAAUACCAAGGGUGCCUUCGGAAUCCACCUUAGGGGCCGUUCCUCGCUUAAAUUAACACAACUGGCCCUGCGUUACACCAACGUUGAAAGUGGCCUUCAAGACAUGUUCUUUCAUCUUGUGUGCUGAAACACUAGUUUGGAAGGUGGUGACGGAUCUUGGCCUGCUCAUGUCUAUGCUCUGCCCAUUUCAGAUGUUCCUGACAGUGGCUAAGACCCAUCCGGAUGCAACCAAGCCUUACAGAGCUGCCUCGGGGCAGGGCAGGUGGGACAAAUACUUAGGGGAGAGGCCCAUUUGUAGCUUUCCUGUCGCCUGUGGGAGAAGCUGAUGGAACUUGUAUAAAUAACACUUCCUGGGUUCUAAGUACCCAUCAGUUUGUUUGUUUGUUUGUUUUCUCUCCCUCUCUCUCUAGUCUUACAAUUAGCUGAGUGAACAUGUUUUAUCCUGACUGUACCCAUGCCAAUAUGAAUCCCAACAAAUGUAAGGAAGGCUUCAUUGUUUUAUGAACUGGGAUAAAAACAAAACAAAACAAAAACAGAACAAAAAAAACAGGAGAAGUAUUCAGAAAUCUUGUUUUUAUUUUGUAUAACUUGACCUCCCAUAUUGCCCGUAAUCAUCCAGAGAAAUAAAACGCAAGCAUGGUUCCCCGACGCCCGGUGUCAAUGUGGGUGCCUUAGCACGGCUAUUUAACUCAAACAGAAAAUUACAUCUGUCAUAACCGUGUUUCCGUUUCAGAGCCCAUCAAAUAUUUUAACAGAAAUGGUGAAUCAGGUGUUGUCAUGCAAAGGACAUAUGAAAACACACAGACUGUAAGUUCCAGAUUCUUGGUGCCUCAGUUUAGAGAGCUCAAGUGAGAACAGUGGCUGGUCUUGACUCUGUCUUCAUUACCGGCCCCUCGGGGCUUCUCAAUACCCAGUUUCUCCCGUACAUCCUCCAUCCCCCACGGCAGCAAGGAGCUGAAUGCUGUCCCGUAUGCUGAUUUGGAGCGAACCCUUCCAUCACAAGUUCCAUGAGCAUGUCUUAAGAGAAUUACGUCAACAUAUUUGUUGGCACUGAGAAAAAAAGGCGGGGGGCGGGGGGAGAGAAUAAUUUCAUUUCAAGUGUUUAUUACGCGGACUUACCUAAUUGUUUGUUGUUGUUUGUUUAUUUAGGUCAUGCUCCCACACAACCACCAACCAUACCCCCUUCCCCUAGUCUGCCUACUGUUUUUCUUUCGGUGGGCGCUGGCUGGCUACUGAGCUGAUUUAAUCAAUUAAUUAUAGCAGAGCAGGUGCAGGGUAACUACCCGGAUGAUGCCAUAUGAAGUCAUAUUUUCAGUGAGCCCUAGCAUACAACUGAAGGGGCGACUUAAAGAAAGAACGCAUUAAGAGGGGAAAAAAGGAAGAAGGAGUUUUGGUAAAAUCACAGUGCUCAUUACUUAACACCAAGCGAUGCUCCUGAAAGAGCGUCUGUGCUAAAAAGCACUUGUUCAGUCUACCAGAAGGCCAGAUUUACUGCUGCCGUUCACAGACGCCAAUACCGAGACCCUCAUCACCUGCCUGUUGCUGAGUCUUCCGUUUCCUUCAUCCAAAAAUUGCUGUAAAGUUGUUGUUCAGUGUCUGCAUUUUGGGGUUUUCCUGGCACCUAAUGAAAUUAUCGGCAAUAAAUGAGCUAAGCAGAA